AGGUGAUUACCCCAGCACCUUCUCCGGCCUUUGUUGUAUAUACAGAUAACGAAAUUGUCUGUUCAGCCAAGACUGGUGAUAUUUCGCAAGAUCUGUUUAAUAGAUUGAUACGAAAUACUGUGUCAAAUAUGCGAUCAGCCUGUCAUAGUUUACCUGUACCAAGGGAGCCAACAUCCCUGGAAAUGGGAGAAAUGGCCAAGGUUCUAUGUCAAAAGUAUCCCUGUUUAGAAAGAGCUUCAGAGUUGACAGGAAGUGAAAGCGGUCAUCUUUUUGUGUUGUCCAAAAUUAAAAAACGUCUUGGAAAUGUUGUCCCAGCUAAGAAAAGGCAAGGAAAAGUGCCUGCGAGAUCAAAUAAACGUAUUAAAUUAGACAUGCCUGAACUUGGUGAUUCGAGUGAUCCUUUGAAAAAAGGGUCAGAGAGUGAAUCAUCAUCUACUGAGACAACAGACGGAUCUAAUGAAGACACCGGUCUUUGCGCAAGGCAUUACAGUGCAUUAGAGAGAGAACAAAGGAAGUGUAAACCUAACCCAAAGGUGAUUAACAAAUAUUUGAAUCUAGAGUUCUCGUCUAGAAGGCAAUUGAUUCAAGAGACGAAGAAAGAUGAGAGGCCAAGCAAAAUACUGGAGCUCUACCCAUGUUUUAAAGAUCCUAAUGAGGUUGUUGAAGAAGUAAGACGAUGUCUGAAAUUGAAGGAGACUGGUAAUCCUGAAUCGUACAUGACUAGCCGUGUAAGUCUUCUGGAGAAGAAAGUCGAUCAGAUGAUAUACUACGGGAUCUCAAAAAGUGCUAUACAACCACCUAUGAGCCAGUCAGUUGACCAAAAGAUAGUGCAUUUGUUAAAGGAAAGCCUAAAUCUAAGAAGCUUAUCGUGCAUGAUUCAAUUUUUAUCCCGGAGGAUAACGAACUUCCAGACGUGUGGCAGCAAACACGCCAUGGUAAUUCUCCGGGCCUAAUAAUGACGAAAGAAAACGGCGCAAUGAUUCUCUUUGGAAAGGAUGUUUUCUUGCGCUUCGGGGAUACGGAAUUAGCGAAAGCGGUCGUAGCCUUCCUAGCUUCCUUCUACCUCCUAGAUUUGGACUACCCUUUUAGGUCAUUGGUACCAUUUUCUGUCUUGCAGAAAAUUAUCUUCCAGGACAAUCAAGUGCAUCCCAGUUGUCAAGGCGAAGUUGCUAAAGUUCUAAAAGACUUUGAAAUGUAUCAUGACCGAGCAUAACGUUUUGUGGAGACGGCAAGUUCAUAUAUACGCCAGUUUAGAACAUUUUUACUACAUAUUAUCUGAACUGUAGUAAUUUUUUUAUUUUGUUUGCAACCCUAAGUUUGCGCUUUGAAAUCACGUUUAUGUAGAAAUAAAAACGCACCUUAUGAGCACAUGCAUGUCCAGCAUGUUGUUUAAAAUUGGAUUUAGCCAAGAAACACGUGCAGUAAAUUGCGUUUUUGCUCUAUAAGAACAUGAUGUUAAAGCAUUUGUUUUUGGUGUGGAACAUAGUUUUUUUAUGACCAAAACUUUAUAUGUUAUUGUUUAAGAAGGGAAACCGCUCAUUUAUAUUAU